UGUCUUUCUAGCGUACUUCAAAGUCAUUAUAGGUUAUCUUUUGUGUGUCUUUACGUCUUAGCCCAUACUGUACCUCUGGCACUGACCCAAGAUCUUUCAUUAGACCCUCGUUUAGCCUUUCCACGUUAGAUCUGCCACCGUAGCCAGAUAUCCUAGCCGCCGUUUCUGUAUUAUCCUCAAGCCUUAAGUCAGGAAAGAAUAGCCAUUCCCGGAGACUAUAAGUUUUCCUCGCUGACUACACUCUGCCGGAAGUUUACCUAGAUCCGAACAGAGACGUUUCUUACCAUCUUGAUACGAAUUUUGUUUCUACGGACAUCCAGACUACACAAACACUAAAGCCUCUAUCACCGGAGCCCUCCUCUUCAAAUUUCGAGAGACUUUUAUUAGACUACCUGUCAUUCCUUCCACUGCUCUUCUCUCAUGUACUCGCUAUCGUCGUACUUUGACAUUCCCGUGGGGUACUGGGAGUACCUUCCGGACACGCACAAGUUGGUCAACCUCUACAUGAUGCUCACACCGUUUUUUUCCUACGGCUCGACGGUGUACAGCAUCCAUACAAAGCAAUCCAGCACGGGUUUCUCGAUGGAAAUCUGUGCCACGAUGCUCAUGGCGGCAACGCUCCGAAUCUGCUACUAUUUCGUGAACCCAUACGAGGUCACGCUCUUCCGCCAGUCAUGCUCCAUGGUUGCCAUCCAGUGCCUCUUGCUCAAGGUGAGUCUACACUACCGCAGGCCCGUUUCUGCCUAUAGUGACGACCUAGCGGCGCGCAACUCGUGGCUGCAGGAACUCAUGAACGCGAAGGACCGCUUCUAUGCCUCCAGCUCGAGCCUGGCGGGCUCGCUUUUCGACCAUAUCUGUCUCUACAUCCGCUACUACUCGCUCAUCGCGUGGCACUUUGGCUGCUACAUUGUCCGCUUCUUUGAUGUCUACUAUCGCAGACCGUUCCGUUUCUGGCAGUGGCAGCACGAACGGCCCUACUGGCGGUUUAUCGGCUCUUUUGCCGCGUUGUUCAUCGUGUUGACGUACUGCUUUAGCGGCUACCAGGCCUACGGCGAGUGCAUCGGUAUGGUAGGCUUGCUCGUGGAAUCCUUGCUCCCCCUUCCGCAGAUCUUGUUGCUCCAGCGGUUGCAGUCCGUAGAGAACUUCAAGGUGAUUUUGCUCGUCAGCUGGUUAUGUGGGGACGUGUUGAAAUUGAGCUAUUUAUUCUGGGGAACGGACAAUGUGGCCGGGAUUUUUGUUGUCUUUGCCUUGUUCCAGAUGGGGUUGGACUUUAUUAUUGCAGGGCAGUGGUGGUAUUAUCGAGAAAAGGCCAGAAUGAAUAGCUCAAGUUCCAGCGAGCAUGAGAUUGAGUAUAAGUUUAGCGUUUAGCGAACAAAUUUCGAGCUUCGAUACGGGGUGAUAGCAUGCUAAAUAUCUAUAUACAUGUACCAUAAUAAAUAGAAUAAAAUAAAAUCGAAUCAACC